AUGUUGGCUGUGGCGCAGGCUGGAUAGCAAGCCAGCUGCAACAAAUCACUCUGACCAAGAGGUCAUGAGUUCGAUGCCAGCCCGUGCCUGCGUCUUGUCUCUGUCUCUGUUCUAUGUCAUGGCAUUGAAUGUUUGCCUUUAUGUGUGCAAUGUGAUCUGCCCUGAGUCCCCUUUGGGGUGAGAAAGAAGGGAGGAAUAUAAAUGCUAUAAAUAAAUAAAUAAAUAGAUGUCUAAACAUCUUGCAAAACUACAUCUCCCAGGAUUUCAUAGUGAAAUGGCAGACAAAGUUUUGAGGAAAUGAGACAAAGAGAGUUCCGGUGGCUGUAGAAAAAAAAGACGUUUAUUCUCAGUGGCCAGAGAGAAUAAGCAAUAUAGAAAAGACCUUCCCCUGUAAUCAGGAAAGCGAAGGUACCUAGACAAAGGAACACAGAUCCUUAUAUACUAUUUUGGCAUGCCUCUAUCUACGUCACAUAGGUAUUAUCCAUCACCAAUUAGUGUCAAAAAAGUCUUACUUUGCACUUAGUAAAAAGCUAUCUUUGCAUUUCCUAAAAUAUAGACUACUUCAAGACCUCUGACCCUCCAUUAGCCUUAUCUCUGGAAUUCUCAUCUCAUCCAUUAGGGCUCCCCCUCGUCCUCCAUUAAUUAAGGAAUUUACUCCCUACCUUAGCUUGUCAGAGAGAGUAAUUAGUAUUCCACCCCCCCCCCCCACCCCCCCGCGCGCCAGGUCUUAUCUUGACAUCCCAAAAAGCCUUAAUUUGUCUCUUGUCCAUUAGCUUAUCUACUCUUGUUGACACUUAACAUAUGUCUCUGGCACUUAGGGUGAACUUUGGUCUUUGCUAUGGGGAGAAAGUUAUUUUGCUGAGCAGAGUGUAUUUUUGGUUAUAAGCACACAAUCUGCUGGUGAUUACAUAUUUUCCUAUUUCUAUUUCUUAACAUGAUUACAUUCAAUAUAUAGUUUCCAAUACAAGUAUUAUAUUUUCCCAAUACACCUUCAUCAAUAGCAUUGAGCUAGACCAGGCAUGGGCAAACUUGGGCCCUCCAGAUGUUUUGGACUUCAACUCCCACAAUUCCUGGCCUCAGGCUGAGGGGGAAGAGGAAAGAGCCUGAGGCCAGGAUUUGUGGGAAUUGAAGUCCAAAAUACCUGGAGGGACCAAGUUUGCCCAUGCCUGCUGGAGAUGAACCAACAUAUGAGAGCACCUUCUUGCAUGUUAAGAUUCAGUGUCAAAGUGCAUUGACUCUACAGUCUAGACCAGGCAUGGGCAAACGUGGGCCCUCCAGGUGUUUUGGACUUCAACUCCCUCCAUUCCUAACAGCCUACAAUUCCUAACAGUGACUCCCAGCCUUCCUCCAGUUCGAUCACUGGCCGCACCAUUGAAAGCCAACCAGUUGCUUUGGGAAGGUCACUCUCUCUCAGCCUCAGUCCCUGAUGGUUAGAGCGGGCACUUUGGGGACCGGUUUGGCAUGAAGCGUUUUCUGCCUCCCUCUUUGACAAUCUGGGGAAAGGAUUCCAUCAUCUCUGACCUGAACCCCUACGCCCACCUCCCCUCUCCUGUGAGGCAUCAAAGCAUCAGACGAAACCGUGGCAUUAAAAAUAAGUGGCACACUGCCUCCCCCACAAGGUGCCGAGAGCGCAGAGAUCUAUAUAUGUGUGUGUGUGCAUGAGUGUGCGUUUUCCGUGGAGCCAGGUGUGGGCGCGUUUCCCAGUAACCUUUCUCAGGGAGAAGAAUGCAAGCAAGCUGGAAGGGAAAUGUUUGUAAAGUUGGGUUUGUCUCUGCCUGCCUGCCUCCCUCCCCCCUUGGCACCCCGGUUGGUGCUGCGGAGGGGGAGCAGAGGUCCUCCAUCCGUCGCUAGGCACUUUGGUCGCUAGGCACAAUGGUCGCUAAGCAACCGGAUCCUUCCUCCUGUUCUGGGCUCAGCAGCAUCCAUGUGCUGAUGCUCCAUUUAGAAAAGGGAGCAUAAUAAAAGGUCUCUCUGUGUGUGUUGUCAGCUAUAAAGGAUCGGAUCGAGGUUGGGAAGUCGGAGGGGUCUGCACAGUCCCGGAAUAGAAAGGAACCCAACUGGCAGGGGUGGUUCAGAGGAAGCUGGCAAGCAGCAGGAUGUGCCCAUGAAUCACAAAGGGGAACGUUGUAUUACAAGGCACCACCACGAACAUCAAUGAGGGAAGUCAAGGGAGUCUCAGCAGGAAGUGAUGCUUGGCCUUUAGUGUCCCGCCACCACCUUCCAAGAUGCUGCCCGGACUCCCGGAGGCCCUGAGCCGCCUGAGGGCGAACUCGCUCCGCAGCUGCUUCAGCCUGGCCGGGCCGGCCGAGUCCACCUUGGUGGCCGUCCCCUUCGAGGUGGACGAGGUCCGCAUCCUGAAGGUCUGCUUCUACAGCAACAGCUUCAACAUGGGCAAGAACUUCAAGCUGGUCAAGUGCACCGUCCUGACGGAGAUCCGGGAGGUCAUCCAGUCCAUCUUGCAGAGCGGGCGCAUCGGCCCCGAUAUCCAGCUGGCCGAAUGCUAUGCUUUGCGCCUGAAGCACGUGAAGUCAGAUGAGAUCCACUGGCUGCACCCAGACAUGACGGUGGGCGAGGUCCAGGAGAAAUACGAAUGUUUGCACAUUGAAGCCGAAUGGAGGUACGACUUGCAGAUCCGUUACCUGCCCGAAGACUACAUGGAGCGUUUCCUCGAGGACCGGACGACCCUCCUUUACUUCUACCAACAGCUCCGGUCAGAAUAUAUGCAGCGUUACGCCAGCAAAGUCAGCGAAGGGAUGGCUCUCCAGCUGGGCUGCCUGGAGCUCAGGAGAUUCUACAAGGACAUGCCCCAGAAUGCUCUGGACAAGAAGUCCAACUUUGAAUUCUUAGAGAAGGAGGUUGGACUGGAUCUCUUCUUCCCCAAACAGAUGCAGGACAGCCUGAAGCCGAAACAGUUCCGGAAAAUGAUCCAGCAGACCUUCCAGCAAUACGCUGCUCUUCGGGAGGAAGAAUGCAUCAUGAAGUUCCUCGGCACCCUCUCCACUUUUGCCGACAUCGACCAGGAAAGCUACCGCUGCGAGCUGAUUCAAGGAUGGAACAUCACCGUGGAUCUGGUGAUCGGCCCCAAAGGCAUCCGGCAAAUGACAAGCAAAGAGUCCAAGCCCACCUGCCUGGCCGAGUUCAAGCAAAUCCGAUCCAUCAAAUGCACCCCUGCGGAAGAAGGGAGAGCCAUUUUGCAGCUCAGCCUCACUGGGAACCCUCAGUCCUUGACCAUUAAAACCUACUUCCUGGCUGAGGCGGAGAACAUGGCCGACUUGAUUGACGGCUACUGCAGGCUGCAAGGGGGCUUGGAUGGCUCCCUCAUUGUCCGCCCCAACAGAGAGAAUGAGAAGCGGGUCAGCUUGCCUCAGGUCCCGGUCCAGCAUAUAGAAGAGAGGAGAUCAACCCUGACAGAAAGCUUUAGUGGAGAUUCUGACAUUUAUGCUGAGAUUCCCGACGAAGCAUCCCGACCCAAAUCUGGAGCUCAGCAGUUUGUGAUCUCGCGGGAAGACGUCGCUUUGGGCCGGAUCCUGGGGGAAGGCUUCUUCGGAGAGGUCUGUGAAGGUGUUUACACGAAUGAGAAUGGGGAGCGGAUCAGUGUUGCUGUCAAGACCUGCAAGAAGGACUGCACCGCCGAAAACAAGGAGAAGUUCAUGAGCGAAGCAAUCCUGAUGAAGAAGAUGGACCACCCGCACAUUGUCAAGCUCAUCGGCAUCACGGAAGAGGAGCCCACCUGGAUCGUCAUGGAGCUCUAUCCCUACGGAGAGUUGGGACACUACCUGGAGCAGAACAAGUCCACCUUGAAAGUGCAGACCCUGGUCCUAUACACCUUGCAGAUCGGCAAAGCCAUGGCUUACUUGGAGGCCAUCAACUGUGUGCACAGGGACAUUGCGGUCCGGAAUGUCCUGGUGGCUUCUCCCGACUGCGUUAAACUGGGGGAUUUCGGCCUCUCCAGAUACAUCGAGGAUGACGAGUAUUACAAAGCAUCCGUGACUCGCCUCCCUAUCAAGUGGAUGGCUCCGGAGUCCAUCAACUUCCGUCGCUUCACAUCAGCCAGCGAUGUCUGGAUGUUUGCGGUCUGCAUGUGGGAAAUCCUCAGCUUCGGCAAGCAGCCCUUUUUCUGGCUGGAGAACAAGGAUGUGAUUGGGGUUCUGGAGAAGGGAGACCGCCUGCCCAAGCCGGACGCUUGCCCCCCGCUCCUCUACGCCCUGAUGACCCGCUGCUGGGACUACGACCCCAGCGACAGGCCCAAGUUCAAGGAGCUGGUCUGCAGCCUCAGCGACAUUUACCAAAUAGAGAAAGAGGUGGCCCGGGAACAAGAGAGGAAUAACCGCCACCGCCCCCCCAAAAUCAUGGAGCCCCCCUCUUUCCAAGACCCUCCUCCAAAGCCCAGCCGACCGAAGUACAAGCCACCGCCACAGACCAACCUCUUGGCCCCCAAACUCCAGUUCCAGGUGCCCGAGGGCCUGUGUGCCAGUUCACCGACGCUCACCAGCCCCAUUGAGUACCCGAAUCCCGCCAACUCCCUGCACACCCCGCCCCUCAACCGGCACAACGUCUUCAAGCGCCACAGCAUGAGGGAGGAGGACUUCCUGCGUCCCAGCAGCCGUGAGGAAGCGCAGAAGCUGUGGGAGACGGAGCGGGUCAAGAUGAAGCAGCUGAUUGACAAGCAGCAGAGGCAGAUGGUGGAGGACUACCAGUGGCUGCGGCAGGAGGACAAAGCCCUGGAUCCCAUGGGUUUUCCGGACGGCGAACCCCCAAAACUUCCUGAAAAGGAGACAGGCUACAACGGCUUAGCUGAGUUUACCGGACCCCCCAAAAAGCCACCCAGGUUUGUUCCGCAGAUGUCGCUGCAGCCAAACCCCACGGCAAACCUGGACCGGACGGAUGACGCCGUCUACAGUAACGUCAUGGAGCUGGUGAAAGCGGUUCUGAAGCUCAAGAACGAAGUCAGCAACCACCCACCCGAGCGCUACAUCCUGGCUGUAAAGGACGUGGGCCUUUCUCUUCGGAAACUCGUGGGGAGCGUGGAUGACAUCCUCCCGGCUCUGCCUUCAUCGGCCCGGACCGAGAUUGAAGGGACUGAGAAGCUGCUCAACAAGGACCUUGCGGAGCUGAUCAACAAGAUGCGCCUGGCCCAGCAGAACGCCGUGACCUCACUGAGCGAAGAGUGCAAGCGCCAGAUGCUGACGGCCUCCCACACGUUGGCGGUGGAUGCCAAGAACCUCCUGGACGCCGUUGACCAAGCCAAGAUCCGGGCCAACCUGGUGAAGGUCUCUUUCGAGUGACCGGGGAGAAUGCUGGCUCCUCCCUCCCUCCUUUUUUAAAGCAACAGCUCCCACCGGCUUCCAUAUUACCUUCCCCUCAUCCCGCCCUUCCGCAACACGCUUGUGUCUUCGGUGUCGUCGCGUCUGUCUUCUGAGGACCAAGGAAGGGGACUCCAAAGAGAAGAGGACGUAGGUUGAUUGGGCCACGGAAGGGACUCCGGUCUUCCUGGGCUUUGGAGAGGAGGCUGCUCAACAAAGCGUUGUUGUGUACAUAAUAGUCCCGGGAUGGGAAAAGACUUAAUCCAGAUUAGUCAGUGGACUCCGAAGCCAGCACCCAAUUGGUGACAUAGGGUCAAUUGUGAUAUGUGUGAGGAGAGUUGGUUUUUUAGACAGUGUACAGUUGUCAUGAUCAGCUGAUGAUGACAUGGAGCAGCCUGUAAAUGUGCAUUGCACCUAUGUGAAUUUUGGCCUUGCACAUUGACUAUGUUUGAUGUUGGGUACGUGAAACGGAUCUCCAACUGAAGCUCUGUAGGACCUCAACCCAAGCCAGAACCAGUGAUCCCACCAAAGGAAGUGGCUUCGUUCUUCCAUCCAGUCUGCUUCCUUCAAAGGUCCCUCUGAGCAUGCUUUGUCUCAUGAUGGAGGAGAUUGAUGAGAUGGCUGGGUUGGCUUGUGGACAUCUCCCAUUACUACUGUUCUCAGGACUGCUCAGCGGGUCACUCCAGAAUGGCUUCAUUGGUAGGUCCAUAAAUUGCUCAAGGGUUUGCUUUUGAAAUAGCUCCAGAAUUGCUCCAUGGGGUUCUCUGUUAUUGCUCCAGGGAUUGCUUUUGAGAUUGCUUCAUGGAUCGCUCCAGAAUUGCUCCAUGGUCCAUGGAUUGCUCCAGAACUACUUCAGGGAUUGCUCCGUAAUCACGUCAGGGUUUCUCCAGAAUUGUUCCAGGGAUCACUCUACAAUUCUCCAAGGAUUGCUCCACAGUUUGUUCCAGAGAUUGCUCCAGAAUUGUUCCAGGGAUUGCUCUGCAAUUUUCCAAGGAUUGUUCCAGAUUUUCUCCGAGCUUUAAAGGCCUUGCACUGGGAGAAUAAGUUUGCGAGGCCAUUUCUGUGCCGCUGGUGUUUGGAAGCAUUUAAAUGGGGACACUGGCUUGUCGGAGAAGAAACAGUUGGUGUCUUCUUUGUAAAUUGUAUAGAAGCAUUUAUUUAAUCGCUAUAGGUCUGAACUGAACUGCACAACUCCUAUAAAUCCCGGAUUCUUCUCCACCUUUCCCUGAAUGUGGGAUUAAGUUUGACAAGGGCUCUCUCAGUGGACGCCGGGGAUCCAAAAGGUUUCUAGAAGGUCCUUUGAAGGUUCAUCCCAUUGCAACAAAAAACCCCCAAAGAGUCUUACGAGAUUUGCAAGACAAUCAGAUUAAUCUUGAGCUCAAUUUUCACAGAGUGGAACCAUGCAUCUCAAAUCUGAUCGUUUGAAAUGUACCCCCCCUUUUCCCACCAAUAUCUCAAAACUGCAAUUUCAAGUACAAA